UCAAACUGCUCCUCUUCCUGGAGUGAAGCACAGCCUGAUAACCCUCCCUCUUCUUCCUGCUCUUAAACACAGCACCUCCUCUCUGUCCACGUGUUUCCUCGUUCCCUCCCCUUCAGAUCUGCACUUUGAAGAUGGGUGUAACCAACAUGUGGUGACGUGUAAGAGCUGACAGGCUGCAUUCACUGCAGAAACACAUGUUGUUGAGAUCAGAGCUCAGACUAGUUUCCGUUAUAAGGAAGAGAAAGUCACACAGUCACUGACACUGAGAGGAGAAAUGGCGCAGAAAGGAGUUCAGCUGGACCAAGAAACCUUCUCUUGUUCCAUCUGUUUGGAUCUACUGAAGGAUCCGGUAACUACAACCUGUGGACACAGCUACUGCAGGAACUGUAUUAAAAGUUUCUGGAAUGAAGAGGACAGGAAGGGAAUCCACAGCUGCCCUCAGUGCAGGAAGACUUUCACACCGAGGCCUGUCCUGGAGAAAAACACCAUGUUAGCAGCUUUAGUGGAGCAGCUGAAGAAGACUGGACUCCAAGCUGCUCCAGCUGAUCACUGCUAUGCUGGACCUGAAGAUGUGGCCUGUGAUGUCUGCACUGGGAGGAAGCUGAAAGCCAUCAAGUCCUGUUUAUUCUGUCUGGCCUCUUAUUGUGAGAAACAUCUCCAACCUCACUAUGAUGCAGCUCUAUUAAAGAAACACAAGCUGGUGGCCCCCUCCAAGAAGCUCCAGGAGAACAUCUGCUCUCGUCAUGAUGAGGUGAUGAAGAUUUUCUGUCGUACUGAUCAGCAGAGUAUCUGUUAUCUCUGCUUGAUGGAUGAACAUAAAGGCCAUGAAACAGUCCCAGCUGCAGCAGAAAGGACUGAGAAGCAGAAGGAGCUCGAGGUGAGACGACUAAACAUCCAGCAGAGAAUCCAGGAGCGAGAGAAAGAUGUGAAGCUGCUUCAACAGGAGGUGGAGGCCAUCAAUGGCUCUGCUGAUAAAGCAGUGGAGGACAGUGAGAAGAUGUUCACUGAGCUGAUCCGUCUCAUCCAGAAAAGAAGCUCUGAUGUGAAGCAGCAGGUCAGAUCCCAGCAGGAAACUGAAGUGAGUCGAGUCAAAGAGCUUCAGGAGAAGCUGGAGCAGGAGAUCGCUGAGCUGAAGAGGAAAGACGGCGAGCUGGAGCAGCUCUCACACACAGAGGAUCACAACCAGUUUCUACACAACUACCCCUCACUGUCAGCACUCAGUGAGUCUACACACUCAUCCAGCAUCAAUAUUCGUCCUCUGAGCUACUUUGAGGAUGUGACAGCAGCUGUGUCAGAGACCAGAGAUAAACUACAGGACAUUCUGAGAGAGGAAUGGACAAACAUCUCACUGACAGUCACUGAAGAGGAUGUUUUACUGUCACCAGCAGAGCCAAAGACCAGAGCUGGAUUCUUAAAAUAUUCAUGUGAAAUCACACUGGAUCCAAACACAGCAAAAACACAUCUGUUAUUAUCUGAGGGGAACAGAAAAGCAACAAGAAUGGAACAACCACAGUCUUAUUCUGAUCAUCCAGACAGAUUCACUGGAUGUUAUCAGGUCCUGAGUAGAGAGAGUCUGACUGGACGUUGUUACUGGGAGGUGGAGUGGAGAGGUGGAGCAGUUCGUGUAGCAGUCGCAUACAAGAAUAUCAGCAGAGCAGGGAGGGGCGAUGAAUGUGGAUUUGGAAACAAUGACAAAUCUUGGGCAUUACGUUGUGACAUAAACAGUUAUAAAUUUUGGCACAACAAUGUCCACAUUGACCUCUCAGGUCCUCGGUCCUCCAGAGUAGGAGUGUACCUGGAUCACAGAGCAGGUAUUCUGUCUUUCUACAGCGUCUCUGAAACCAUGACUCUCCUCCACAGAGUCCAGACCACAUUCACUCAGCCGCUCUAUGCUGGACUUUGUCUUGGGUUGUAUAAUGGAGACACUGCAGAGUUGAUUAAAGUCAAAUAGAGAAGACAGGUUCAUGUUGAUCCCUGACCAUUAUAUGUACUUGUGCAGUUUCUAAAUGAGGCUUUACAUUUUAGAAGCUGAGAAGUUCAGUGGUCCAUUGAUGUGUGAAAAUAAUAUUGCACUGAUUCAAACUGUACUUACAUUUAUAUACCUUACAUCAAUAUAAAUCUGAAUUUGUUCUUAUGGCUGAUAAUCAUGUGAGUUUAAAUGAUACUACUCUUCAUAUUCAGCAUGUUUGAAAUCUGUCAUCAGUCUGGUUAGUGGUUUUAUUCUGUAGUUGCUGUAGUGGGUUGUCAAAUGCAACAAUAUAUUGGAGCUGCAGUGAUUCAUCAGUUAGUCAAUGAUUAGAGAAUUGAUUGUUUUAUCAUUAUUUUAGUCACAUUUAAAGCUGGUUCCAGUUUCUGAAAUGUGAAGAUUGUUGAUUUUCUUGAUCAUAUAUGACUGUAAACUUAAUGUCUUUGAGAUUUUUUUAAUUGUUCUUAUUGUAUCUAGAGUGAUAACAUUUAAUGUCAUUUUUCAGAUGACAGAUGUGGAGGAUAGAUAUGUUUCUUUGCCCUGAGCUGUGUCUGGCAGGCAGAGCGUCUCCACAAAUCUGAAGCUUCUGAUUUGGAGAAAAUGAGCUGAGGGAGACUUCCUGUCAUGUCUAUGGACAAACAUAGACAUGACAGGAAGAAAGACUAAAGUGCAGAGUGGAGACAAACAGCUGGAAAUACUUGUUGGAAAGGAUUGUCAUGCUUCAGAAAAACACACAGCACACACUCUAACAGUCCUUUAUUUGCACUGAAGGAAACACGUGAAGAAACCAAAUCACACAAUAGUGAAGUGAACACAUUUAUAGCCACUGUUCAAGAUGAUGGAUACAAAUGAAAAUCAUGGAGCAUUUAUGCAUUUUUAGGUCUGUGUCACAGAAACUGUUCAGCUAUUCUCCAUUUAUUAGUCUAUUUAUCAGGAACCUCUGUUAAUUUUAUAUGUAAAGCAUUUUUCUUCUGUCAUUGAACCUUUUAAGGGUUUUCUCAUAGUAGUUUUGGGGAGUUUUUAAUUAGAUUUACAGCUUCAGAAUAACUUUGUGAUGUCAGAUUAGAAA